AUGAUCUCAGCGUGUCCAUUGCUCUUUUUUUUUCCCAUUCCUUGGCAUCUCCAAACGGGUGACAUCUCUGCUCUCCCCCUCGCGCACGCUGACCACUUUUUUUUCCCUCUUUCAACUUCUCCCCCCCCCCCCAACUUGGUCGUUCGCAAACUACACUUUCUCCCCCUCUCCUCCUCCUUCCCCCCCCCCUCCCCUCCUCCGCCUCGCUUGCCACGACCGGAUCACAUCGACUUGGAACGAUCAGUACGGGGUUCGAUCGCCAAACGACCUGAGCGGUAUCUCCACUGCGCGCCCCUCAAUCCGGACCUCCCUUGUCGUCACUCCCGUUUGAGUGAUCUGGCAUUGCGCCGUCACCCUCCCCCUCCCCGAGCUCACGACGGCCUCCUUUAUCCAAUUCUUCCGACCGGUGUUGUCGUGUAUUCCGUCAUCUCCUCCUUCGUUGAACGCAUCGUCACCGGACGCGAUCAAAGCAGGAUGGACGCCAGCCAAGAUUCCCCCACCGAGACCCCUCAGGAGGAGACCAGCGGACCCGGUUCCCCCAGCUCCCCUAGCUCCCCCAGGGCGUCCAGUGCAGAGCCCGCGGUGCCCACGGUGUCCACGCCAGUGGACUCGCCUCAAAAUCACACCCACCAUGCCUCCAUGCCGGCGUUAUCGAGUCCUCGGGAACCCUCUGUCGGGAUCACACCCUCGUCCACGCAUCUGGGUCAGGUCAAUGCGGCGCGGCGCGGAGCGGGAACGCCGCCGCGCCUGCAGGCGUCAAUGAGUUCCACAGGGGUCGGAGGCUUGAAUCAGGAUAUCAUGGCGAAAAUGAAGGCCUUUUCGCUGUCCCGGCAAGGUGUGCCCCUUGCGCAUGCGGCGUCCACGGGCUCGAUCCCCAUCUCGCAGGAGAACGGCGCGGGCGGUCCGCUCGCCGGCCGCAUCCCGGGCGCCAUGCGUCCCAACAACAAGAACUGGGCAUCCUCACCGGCGAUCCCGGGCCCCGUGUCGUCUCCGGGGUCACCCCGCCCCGGUGGAUUGGCGGCCAAACGCAUGAAGCCCGGUCUCAAACUGUCGGACGUUACGGGAGCAUCUCCCGCGCCCACCCCGAAUGGCACGGACCAGAAGCCGGAGCAGAGCCAGAAUGGCGAUUCGGCCUUUAGCAAGUACUCGGAGUUUAUCGACACGAAAGCGGGCACGUUGAACUUCAAGAACAAGGCCAUCUUGCACGGGGGUGGUGUCGAGUUCUCGUCAGGGCACAGCUUCAAGAUUUCCCUGGACGAGGUGGACCGGUUGGAUGAACUCGGCAAGGGUAACUACGGCACCGUCUACAAGGUCCGUCACAGUCGCCCGCAUCUUCGCAAACCUGGCCUCGGGUUAAGCGGGAUUGUCAGUCGUCCAGUCGGGCAAGGGGAUGACACCCCCACCAACGGAUCGCAUGACAACCUGUCCGGUGUGAUCAUGGCCAUGAAGGAAAUCCGUUUGGAGCUGGAUGAGGCCAAGUUUGCCCAGAUCAUCAUGGAGCUGGAUAUUUUGCACCGAUGCAUCUCGCCCUUCAUCAUUGAUUUCUACGGCGCCUUCUUCCAAGAAGGGGCCGUCUACAUGUGUGUGGAGUACAUGGAUGGAGGGUCCAUCGACAAGAUCUACGAAGGUGGCGUUCCGGAGAACAUCCUGCGCAAAGUGACUCUCUCCACCAUCAUGGGACUGAAGGCGCUGAAGGACGAACAUAACAUCAUUCAUCGAGACGUGAAGCCCACGAAUAUCUUGGUGAACACGAAAGGUCAGGUCAAGAUUUGUGACUUUGGUGUCAGCGGGAACCUGGUGGCCAGUAUCGCCAAGACCAACAUCGGAUGCCAAAGCUACAUGGCGCCCGAACGAAUUGCCGGAGGCGGCAUGCAGCAGUCGGGUGCCCCCAGUGCCGGAACCUACAGCGUGCAGAGCGACAUUUGGAGUUUGGGACUGUCGAUCAUUGAAUGUGCCAUGGGCCGCUAUCCUUACCCCCCCGAGACCUUUACCAACAUUUUCAGCCAACUGCAUGCAAUCGUUCACGGUGAACCUCCAACGCUGCCUGCGGAUGGAUUUUCCGAUUCGGCGCACGCCUUUGUCCGCGCGUGUCUCGACAAAAUUCCCAAGAAUCGACCAAACUACAACAUGCUCCUUCGCCAUCCCUGGCUGGCCCCUCUGAUGCAACCGCCGACCGAGACCAAUGGCGAAGAGGCUGCCUCGGGACCUUCCGAAUCGCCCACCCGCCGUCAGCCCCCAUCCAACUUGACCGAGGACGCGGAGGUUGCAGAAUGGGUCACCAAGCAACUUGAGCGCCGCAACGGCGGCCAGGCACCCGCUCCGGAGAAGCCAGCACUGCAUGCCGUGGCCUUGGACAAGGUGGCCACGAGUCCGAUUCAUGACGAUCUGGCGGCGGCUCCAUCCUGGCAAGCAGAAUGA